AAUUGUUAAUCAUUGUUAGUGUACAGUGAGAGAUAUACCAUAGGCUGUUUCUUUGAAGCAAUGGGAAUAGGAAGGUCUGUGUUUUCUCAAGAUGAACUAGAUUUAUAUCAAGAACUGACUAAUUUAAAUGCUGCAGAAAUCAACAAUGCUUACAAGAAGUUCAAGAACAUUGAUCCUCUCAGUGGUUUUCAAAGCAACAAGAAAGGGCGGAUUGCUUUUACAGCUGUAGCUGACAACGUGGCUGAAUUAAAACUGAAUCCAUUCAGAUACAGGAUUUGCAUGUUGUUUUGUUCGGAGCCAAAUGGUCUAAUGGAUUUUGAUGAUUUCCUUGACAUGGUAUCUGUGUUUCAUGACAAGUGCCCAAAAGAAAGAAAAGUGAGAUGGGCUUUCAGACUUUAUGAUUUCAAUGAUGAUCAUGUGAUUGAUUAUGAUGACCUAAGCACUUUCCUAGACCUUGUUACUGAUUACGGGAUUGAGAGUGACCUAAAAUCUGAAGUCAUUCAACGCGUUAUAGAAGAGGUGGAUUAUGAUGGAGAUCAGUCCAUCAGCCAUGAAGAGUUUGAAAGGAUUUUAUACUUUAAUGCUGAAUUUUAUGAAACUUUUCGCUUUCGUCUUUGAGAAAGAUAUUAAAGAUUUAAACUUAAGAUUAUAAGAAAUAUAACAUAGUAUAUAAUAAUCAACAAUAUAACAUAGUAUAUAAUAAUAGCAAUCAAUUCAAUGUGAAUCAGUUAGGAGAAUUGAGUUUCAUGUUAAAACUUAGAAAUAAUA